AUGUCUGCCGAACGUGACAUCCGUGAGGCACCAGGCUGGGAGAGUGGCUUUGGAGAUCUUCGCAGUGAUCUUCGCUCAGAGCUUCGCCCAGACGUUCCGGAUCUCUCCAGCGCCCCGGUUCCUAGCGCCGCCGGUGCCCCCGGAAGCGCUCCCGGCUUGCAAUCCUUGCAAAGCAGUUUGCAAAGCGGCUUGCAAAGCGGCUCGCAAAGCGGCUUGCAAAGCGGCUUGCAAAGCGGCCUGCAGAGCGGCCUGCAGAGCGGCUUGCAAAGCGGCCUGCAAAGCGGCCUGCAGAGCGGCCUGCAGAGCGGCCUGCAAAGUGGCGGCUUGCCCCCGGCCCAUCCCUUCGCCUACCCUUUUGGCGGUUCUCCCUUUGGUUCUUAUGACGGGCUCAACAUGAAUGAGAGCACGCUCCAAGCAGCCACUAUGGCCACCGAGCGCCUCGGGCCGUUGGGCUUGAGCUCGAGGUCUCCGGCAAGCGAGGACAGGAGGUCUUCGCUCGGUGAUGGUCGCCCCGAAGCGGGAGGUCUCCGAGUGAGUGUUGAGAAUGCUGCGCAUGUCAAUGUGGAGAAGGUUGAGAGAAAUGAGAGCAAUGCGGCAGCUUUUCGGGACAGGCCGGGCCGGGCCCUACCGUGGAUAGCCACGGAGAACACGGAUGAGAACACGCUGAGUGUAGAUCCAGACAUCCAGAAAAUAUUGAGCAUGUGCUUCGAAGGCCAGCUGUGCGAUUUUGAAGGAGCCAGGCCGGAAGAGGAGGCGCCCGAGAAGUGGCAGACAAGGCGUGGAGCCAGGCGUGGAGCCACGGAGUCACUUGCAUCCGCUUGCCUCAUCGGUGCAUGCAUCAAUGCGCUGAACUUUGCGGACCGCUAUGUGCCGGCCUCGGUGAAGCCGCAGAUCCAGGCAGAUUUGGGCCUGGACGACUGGCAAAGCUCGCUGCCUGCCAUGGCCAUGACAGCAGUCUUCACAGCAGCAAGCCUCGUCUUCGGGGUCUUGGCGGACCGCGAGUGUAUUGACCGGAGACUGCUGCUGGCUUGCGGCAUCGCCUUUUGGUCAUUGGCCACGGGCUUGGGUGGCUUCGCACAGGACCUCACGCAGCUGAUCCUCUAUCGGUCCCUUGUCGGCAUCGGGGAGGCAUCGUUUGCGACGGUGGCAUCUCCAAUGAUCACCGAUUAUUACCCAGGUCCCCAGCGAAAUCGUGCCUUCACCAUCUUCAGUCUCAGCGCACCGGUGGGAGCCGCCCUGGGCUUUGGUUUCGGAUCAAUUCUGGGACAAACCUGGGGCUGGCGUGCCGCCUUCUUUGCCUGCGGCUUCCCAGGUCUGCUUGUGGCGGCCUCUGUGCUUUUCCUGAAUGAUCCUCCUAUGGGCAUCAACGACGUGGGUGAGGAGUCCUGGGAAGACUCCACAGACGAGGAGUCCGAGGGCUGGGUGCUGCUGAGCAACCCCUUCUUCUUGUCCGCAACGGUGGGCAGCGUGGCCAUCUCCUUCGCUGUGGGAGGCCUCACAGAGUGGUACCCCUCGUUUCUGGUGCGCUACACAGACCUCUCCCAAGGCAUGUCGGGGCUUGUGUUGAGCGGCAGCUGCGUCUUCAGCGGCUUCGGCGGCACCAUCUUGGGCUCCAAGGUUGCCGAUGCAGCGGCCCGCAGGCUCCCGAUGGGUAGCAGCGCGUACUUCCUGGUGCCGGCUUGCUUUAUGAUGCCCGGCUCAGCCUUGAUCGCGGCGUCCGUGAACAUCAUCCAGCCUUGGGUUUUAGUGGUUUGCCUAAUUCUCGGCCAGACCUUCUUCUUCUGUUACCAGGCACCCAUCGCUGCGCUCUCGAUGUCGGUAAUCCCCGUCCACAGCCGCGCACGCGGCUCGAGCCUCCAGAUCCUGCUCGGCCACGUUCUUGGCGAUGUCAUCAGUCCGCCUAUCAUUGGCCACAUCUCAGACACGGCGAACCUGCAGCUGGGUCUGCCGGUUCCUGACACGAAACAGAGUCUCUUUCAGGACGUCAGGAAGGCACUCAUUGCAUUUCAGCUGCCUGCAUCUGUGCUAGCAGUGCUGCAAGCAUUCACUUGCAAAGCAGUCACACUUCUGCGGAGCAUCGAGCGCCCAUGCUGGGCCCAGGCAAGUCACAUGGGCAAAGGUCUCGGAGAGUUCUCGGAGAGUUUGCGAUUCUACGAUGUGUAUAGAGCAUGUGAAGCUCUGGCCGUGGCUGUGCUGAUCGCUGGCCUGACCUGGUUCGCGGGCUACCUCUUCUUGGGGAAGCCGCCUAUGAUGGUCGUGCCGAAGCAGGGGAGAGAUUCGGGCACAAUCCGGUGGGUCCUUGAGAGGGGCAUGAGUUCCGCUUGCGAUUGCGACUCCGAUAAGACUUGA